UAUUUUUGUAAAGGAACAGAAACUUUUCCCUCCGAAGGCAGCUAUGAGAUCCUGUGUACCUACAUGUUAAUAAGGGAUGUAUUUCGGCACUGUUUACCAAAACUUAUGGCAGGAUUCUAAAAUAAAGUGUGGCAAUAUAUCAUUUAGUCAUGGCAUGGUGACACAUUCGACACGUUUACACAUACCUCGUUAGCGAUCCAGGAACUGCAAGCGUCACCAUGACCGGACGAGGGCGCGGCAGAGGGCGGGGUCAAAUGAGUUUCAACAUGGAAGUGGUCGGUAUCGGGAAAGGAGAGAAUCUACCCCCGGCCACCCUCCAGCCGACUCCACUGUUUCCUCCUAUGGAGCACAAACCGGUGCCCUUAGUGGUGAGUGAGGAGGCAGAGUACAUGCUGGCCCUGAAGCAGGAGUUUAGGGGGGCCAUGAAGACCUUGCCCUUCUACAUCAAACCAGCCGCACCAAAGAAAGACGUGGAGCGCUACUCUGACAAGUACCAGUGCAGCGAGGCGACUGAUAACCCCUCUGAAUGGGAUCCAGACUGGAGGCGGCUGCCGAAAGAGCUACGCACCCGAACAAAAAGACUCCAGAAAGAGAAAAAUAACGCCACAUCCAAACAAACCGUCCACCCUCGAAUAAGCAAAGAGGAGAUUAUCCAGAAAUUAGAGACUCUGGAAAAAACAGAGGAGGUGCACAGCUCAGACGAGGAAGAGGGAGAGAAGAAGAAACAAGAGGAAGAGGAGCAGGACGGUGAAGAGGAAUACAACGAGGAAGAAUUUGAGGAGGAGACAGACUACAUCAUGUCCUACUUCGACAACGGAGAGGAGUUUGCGGGAGACAGCGAUGACAACAUGGACGAGGCCAUUUACUGAUUGACAUGACUGAUGAAGGACAAUAGAUGGAGAUCACAUGAGAAUGAACAGAUCACUGUGUCCUUCUCGUAGACGGCCUGCCUAUGCAUUGGCCAGCGUGCAGAAUUUUAGCUGCAUUCAGUGGAAGUGUCAUUCCAUUCGGACAACAGGUAUAACAAGCACAUGAAGACAAUGAGGUGAAGGAGGGGCUGAGACUGCACUCUCUUCUCGUCUCAGCCAUCACCGGCACUCCAGCUUUUAUCGGAAAGUCUUUUUUUCUGCUCCUUUUGUAUUUUGGACUGAAUUACUGUACUGUCAUUAGUGCUGGUUGUGAACAUCUUGGUAGAUGUUUCAAAUGUUACUGAUGGUAAUUGAUGUGACCUGUUUUUUCCUCAAUAUUCUGUGUUUUAUAAAUUGAAUAGUUUUAUGGUUUUGUAAGAUAUUUUUAUACACAAAAUUGAGACUUUUUAGUGUUUGACCUUUUUGCCAAUUUCUCUGAAUGUUUUUUUUUGUGUGUGUAAUGGCUCAGAAAAUGUUAGAAUGUUAGGAAAAUAUAUGUUUGUGAAAUAAGAAUUUAGAUAUCCCACAGUGUAUAUGAUGUCUAUCCUUGAUGUGGCAUGAUAACAAUUGCAAUAAUAAGGAUAUUAAAAGAAGACUUAAUAUGCACUGAAAUAA